AUGGACCCAACCUCUGAUAUCGUCUCUGUCUUCUGUGCUGCCUGCGUGGAAAUGUCCAGCAGCGCCACAGAUGAAGAUUUCAGCAAAGUAUUGGCUGACAAUCACGGCACGAGCUCGCUCCAGGAGGUUUCUGUAGGACUCGCGUGUAUCAUGGGGGACAAUUCAAACUCCGCGUUGCAAGUGACGAGGCGACGGUGUAAGCUGGUUGCGCUCAGGACGCACUCCACCUCCCUGUGGACUCAGUUGUGGUUCCAUCGCGACUGCGAGUACUGGGAUUUCCUCGCUUCCCUCUCCCAAGCUAAGGCGACCACCGCUACGCGUCGCGAGCUAGUCGACUCCAAGUUGUCCGAUUUGCUGGAGGACUUCUCCUGCUACUUCAAGCCCACGAUCAUCCCCGACACCGAUCCCGAGAUGGUUACCGGCCCGAACCGUGCCUGCGAGGAAUACCAAGACCGCUGCCAGCCCACACAUACUGCUGCGUUCGACGAGUGUGGUAUUUACCCGUACGUGUACACGAAUGAUGCAUAA